AUGCACAUCAAAGAUAGGCUUUUCGUCAUUUCCGGUGGUUCAUCCGGCCUGGGUCUUGCAACAGCUCGCAACCUUCAUGAGAGAGGAGGUUACAUAGCCAUCCUAGAUCUCAAUGUCGAAUCUGGAGGCCGAGCAGUCAAGGAGCUUGGUUCUGAAAGAUCUCGUUUCUUCGAAGCUGAUGUCAGCGAUACUGACAGUAUCACAAAAGCUGUGGAAGGAGUCUCAAAAUGGAUUCAAGAGACGGGCAAGCCCAUUGGUGCUAUCAUCAGCGCAGCCGGCGUAGGACACCCUGGAAAGAUCAUUGAUCGCAAGGGCGAGCCGCUCUCCUUGUCAUCCAUUGAUUUUGUUCUGAACAUCAACCUUCGAGGCACCCUAGACUUCGUCCGUCAACUACUUCCACUCAUGGUCAAAAACAAGCCGACAGAGCCAGACAGUGAGCGAGGUUGUGUCAUCUUGGUCAGUUCUUCAGCUGCGUAUGAUGGACAACCUGGACAGGUCUCCUAUGCUGCUAGCAAGGGCGCAGUAAGAUCUAUGACACUGCCUAUGGCCCGUGAUCUUGCACCGUUCGGCAUUCGCGUUGUGACGAUCGCACCUUCAUUGUUCGAAUCCAACAUGACGGCCGUGAUGAGUGACAAGGUUCGAAAAUCACUGGAACGUGUCAUGGAGUUCCCCAAAAGAGCAGGCAAGGGCGAAGAAUUUGCUGAACUGACAAGACAUGCGAUCGAGAAUGUCAUGCUGAACGGUGUUUGUCUGCGCCUUGACGGCGCGAUGAGGAUGCCAUCUCGAAUGUAG